AUGGCCAGUACCGAUAAGCGAUCACCGUAUGAUCCAGAACUUGCUAAGGCCUUGCAGCGAUUAAUUCUUGCUGGAGUAAUUCCUCCUGUUACACUCGAAAAUAUACAUGUAUUUCGAGAGUGCCUUCGAAAACUGCGACCAACUGAUGACGAUAUACGUCGAAAGGGAAAGAUUGACGUUGAGGAACGAAAUAUACCUGGUCCUAAAGAUGCGCCUGAGAUUUCGCUUCUAAUCUGUCGUCCUAAGAUUUUGACAACAACUACAUCAGCUCCAUUACUGCCUUGCAUCUACCAUAUACACGGCGGCGGAAUGAUUGCAGGCGAUAAUCGCCUCAUUGUCUCAUUCUUACUUGACUGGGCGCUGGAAUUCAAUACUGUCGUCGUAUCAGUAGAAUAUCGUCUUGCGCCCGAACAUCCACAUCCUGCCCCUUCCGAGGACUGCUAUGCUGGAUUAUUAUGGGUUGCCGAGCAUGCGCAAGAGCUAGGCAUCGAUCUGGCCCAGCUUAGUGUGAUGGGGGUUUCUGCAGGCGGAGGUCUUGCAGCUGCUGUGGCGUUAAUGGCACGUGAUCGAAAGGGUCCCGCAUUACAUGGUCAACUGCUCGUCUGUCCUAUGCUUGAUGACCGUGACCAAACGCCUUCAACUCAUCAGUUCGAGGGUAUGGGUCUCUGGGACCGCCAGUCAAAUCUAACAGGUUGGACAGCGCUGCUUGGCGAUAAGAGAGGAGCGCAAGAUGUAUCCCCAUAUGCUGCUCCAUCACGCGCACAAGAUCUUAUGAAUUUGCCUCCAGCUUAUAUUGAUGUUAGCUCCACCGAAACUUUCCGUGAUGAAGCGGUCGAUUACGCUCAGCGCAUCUGGCAGGCUGGUGGCAUCGCAGAACUGCACAUAUGGCCUGAUAGUUUUCAUGGCUUCACUUAUCUAGCGCCGCAAGCUGCACUAUCAAAAUUUGCUGUCGAAGUAGCAAAAAAUUGGUAUCGUCGACUUUUGGCUUCUCGUAGAACAUAA